CUCAGAGAGUUACAAUACCUUGGAUUGGGAACGCUGUGAAUCCACAAAUAUUUCAACCUCGUGCUUCUCUCCUGACUGGGUAGUACGUGCAGCCGAAACCGGCACCGAGUACUAGCCAUCGGUCAGGAGAGAGACGUGUAGCUAAGCAUCUGAUGUAGAAUUGGGAACACGAAACUAACAAAUCAAUCAUUGUAAUCGUUCACUUCUUCGUUAGAGAGUAUUUUCAUGCUUUUUAUUUUUUUUGGUUAGCGAGAGCACUUUGAGAGAUCGCAAAACUUUCUAAAGGUUUCGAGUGGUCGGAGGGUAACGUUGAGUACAACGGAGCAGGCUUCCUCCCGGGGGUGAUAGUAAGACUGACACAUUGAUCGAGAUGGCGAUGGCAGAAGAGAGAAGGAACAUCGCGAAAGCGUUCAGAUAUUUCCGAUAUGAAAGAACUAGAGUGCAACUGGCGCUCAUCACAGUGCAAUUGGGGUAUGGAUUUUACUAUGUCUUGACGAAAGCGGCCAUGAGUGAAGGUGUGAAUCAAUUCGUCUUUGCAGUGUACCGGGAUGUCAUAGCUCUUUGUCUUCUCGGGCCCUUCGCAUAUUUCUCCGAAAGAGAACUCCGCACCUCAUUGACAUUACCCACUCUGUUGAUGAUUUUAGCUCUCGGAUUCACUGGAGUCUUCCUGCAGCAGACUCUUUUUCUGGCAGGUCUGACGUACACAAACACAGCAUUUGCAGCUGCCAUGCAGAACGCCAUUCCCGUCUUCACGUUCAUGAUUGCUUCUAUUUGCAAAUUGGAGGUGAUCCGCAUUAGCAAGGCAGAUGGAAUGGCAAAAGUGGUGGGCAUGUUUGCAGCAGUUGCAGGAGCUCUGACCAUGUGCCUUUACAAAGGUCCUACUCUCUUCGGCACUGAUCCACAGAUUGCAGAACGAGAGAGGCAAUCUUCCGACGACGCUCCCACCCCUCACGUGGAAAAUGGAUGGUUUAUCUCCACUCUGCUAGAGUUUGGACUUGACUACUGGCAGAUUGGCGCCCUGUGUCUUGUGGCCAACUGCCUUUGCAUGGGCAUAUAUACCAAUCUACAGAUUCCAGCUCUCAGGAGAUUUCCUGCGCCCGUAUCAUUGGCAACUUCCUCCAUUUUCGUUGGAUCUGUGGCUCUGGUCAUCACAGGUUUAUUCAGCAUCACGCAUGUAUCUGACUGGAUCCUUCGCUCGCCAGGAACCCUCAUUUCGGUCGUCUACGCCGGCUCGAUUGCAUCGGGUCUCAAUUUCUCCCUCCAAGCUUGGGCUAAUCAUCGAGGCGGACCAGUAUUGGUCGCAGCCUACAUUCCUCUCCAAACAGUCUUCUCCGCGUUUCUUGGAGUGGUAAUUCUCGAAGAUCCACUUCACUUGGGAAGUGUGAUCGGAGCCGUGUUCAUUCUGGCAGGACUUUACCUCGUAAUUUGGGGCCAACGUCUGCACAGAUUAUGCAAAGAGAGAGAGUGUAUUUCCACUCCUUUCUCAGGUGUGGCUUACGACGUUAGGGAACCUUUGCUUAAGGAAACCAUAUCCGCUGGAAGACCACCUGCGGACCAUUCUACGGAGCCAUUGCAAGAUCAUAACUGAAAGGCAGUUUUCGUUAUUACAAGACGCGAGGUGCCUUCAUGAACAGGAUGGUGCCACAAUCGAGAGAAUCUACUCGUACUCAUGGCAGUGCAAGCAGCAGGAGUGGCGUCUGAAGCAGAAGGUUGAGUGACGUUGAGGUUGUACAUACGAAUUUGUUCUUUCCAUGAAGCUGAAUCAGGUCAAGCCUCUAGGGUGGGUUUGGUGCCUGAAAUCAUUUGUUCAUAACAGACUUGAUAGGAGAUAUGCUUGAAGAAAUCUGUAGAUACUUUCUGGAUUCAGCUUACGUUCAACGCAGAUCUAUUUUAAUUGGUAGCCUGCCAGCACUCAUAAGAGAUAACCUACUGGAUGAUGUGACAGGCGGAAUCUGAUCAGUACGAACAAUAGAUCUACUGCUUAUGUCAGGACAAAUUCCCCUAACUUAAGGACAUCGAAAUCUAAAACUAACUAUGAUGACGGCCAGACUGGCCACAGUAUCAAGCUUAGGCUCAUUAUCUUCAGAUUCUGCACAUGCAAGACCCAGUAGCAAGCUUGUCCAAACUCAAACUUAGUCCACGCACUCUAGAGAACUAACACUUGACAAUAUUUGCGUGAUUUGAUAGAUGUAGAGUCAAUGCAGUCUACAUCUCUCAGCUGAGCACAUUGCUCAGGGAAGCUCUAUUAUCCGUGAUGAAAACUGAUGUCUGGUUGUGUAGAGAAAAUUCUUUAGCCAAAGAAUUCGCUUUGAAUUACAUACUGCAGAAUUCUUCCGAAAAGAAGGUGUGCCUUAGCUUGUAUAGCGUACCUGUGUUCGGUAGCCCUCUUUGUACACAUGCAGUAAACUAUAAACAGGGGCUAGAUUGAUUCAUGUACAGAGCUUAUGAAAUAAAAGCACCUCACUGGUUUCCAC